UCCCCCCGCCCCUCUUAUAGCUGGAGCCAUGCAGUCGUUCAGCAGAGAGAGGAGCGGUUUCCAUGGCAACCAGCCCUGCUACCAGCAGGAGCACCAUGAAUUAUCACGCCUGGAGAGCUACCGACAACACCCCCACCACGGACAGACCAGGCAGGUCUAUGAGGCGCACGCGCUGGCCACCGCUACAGGGAUGCCUCCAGCGGGACCAGGGGCCGGACCUGGACCAGGAAGCGGACCCAUACCUGGACCUAAGGACUGUUACAGCCAGCAGGCAUACCCUGGAUACCCCCAGGGUAAUGGAGGUGGUGUGGGUGGUGGUGUGGGUGGUGGAGGAGGUUCGACGCCUCAUGAUAAGAAGGCUUACAGUGGGGGGAGCCAAGGACCUCCUCCCACUCCCCAGCAUAUGCAGGCGGGCGGCUACAGCAAUCACAUGGGCCCGGGGGGAUACCCGGCCCAGUAUAUGAGUGAGGGCCACCUCCAGCAGUCUAAGUGGGACGACCCAGCUCAGCUAGCUCAGUACGAGCAGGAGAUGGUAGGCAGGAUGGAGCCAGGUCCCCCUGGGUCCUCCCAGUAUCUGGACCAGAACAUGCUGGCUCACUCCCAGAGCCAGUGUCACCAGCCCCACCAGGCCUCUGCUCCGGUCUACACCAGCCCACACCACCAGCCCCAUCCCGCAAACCCAGGCCAGUCCCCGUUGAUGUACCCCCAGAGCCACCUCCACUACCCCCAACACCCCCCGUCCCCCUUGCCAUCCUCCUCCUCCUACAUGGAGAAGUGCAGCCCAAUGCCCCACUGUUACAAGGGAUAUAGUAUGCCGCCCAGCUCCCAGUACACUAGGCAGAUGGGCAGCCACAGUGGUCUGAAGCAGGGGGGAUACCGCCCGCCACCCCAGAACAGUUACAGCUACCAACAGACUCCCUCCAGGGGUGGCUACGAGCCCCAGCCCCCACUACAAGGCAUUCCCACUCCCCAGGAGACCCACCCCAAAUACCAACACUUCAGCCAGCCCCAGCAGAACUACUGUCUGUCCGAGCUGUCUGUCAGAUCCCCUGAGCAGUACUACCAGACAUGUAGUCCCGCCUCCAGCCACUCCCCUGCACGCUCUGUAGGCCGCUCGCCCUCCUACAGCUCCACCCCUUCCCCUUUGAUGACCAAUCCAGAGAGCUUCCAGUACAGCCAGCCACCAAUGACCCCAGGGGCGGCUUCUUCGUCCUCCUCUUCCUCAGCGGGUCUGCAGGACCAGGGCUUGCUGAUGCCGCCUCGCUCCCACCCGUCCUCGUCCCCCAACGUGGCCCACCCAACCCCGCAGCACAGCUACACACAGGGGGUUUCCAUGAAGGAGCGCUUCUCUGAGAAGCUGCUUGCCAACCCCAGCCUGUGGAGCCUGAAUGCCCUCACCUCUCAGGUGGAGAACAUCUCCAACAAUGUGCAGCAGCUGCUGCUCUCCGAGGCCAUGGUCGCCAACAAGAAGGGGGCCAAGCGCAACAGCAUUGGGAGCAGUGGAGGCAGCUCCUCCAAGAAGGAAGAGGUUUACAAAGGAGUGCCAGGAGGCCCCGAGGGUCAGCACGGUGGGGGUCCCAUGCAGGACCCCUACAGCACCAACCAGCACCAGCUCGUCCCCAUGGAGAUGCAGGAGGGGGGGUACUCCAGUAGUUCUGACGAGCAGCUGGAGAGGGGGUACUACUACUGCGGCCAGGGCAGGAGCCCAGCUCAGGCCCCCAACAACACACACUUGGGCCUGGACACGGCCUCAUCCUGCUCCAUGACCUCUCCGGAUGACAUGUCCACCCGGUCUGGUGACUCUGUGUCCGGCCUGCAGAGCGUGGCUUCCAGGGACAACAUGACCCCUGACCCCAGGUCACAGGGGGGACACGAACCCCGACAAACCCCCAUGAAGAGCGUGGGGGAUGAGAGGUCCCCCGUGAGUGUGACGAUUCCCAGCCCCAUGAAGCAGGAGAGCCAGUCCCCUCCAGACAUCCAACGUCUUGGCUUGCCACUGAAGGAAAACUUUGAGGAGUUGGCCUGGACAGAGAAAAUAGCAGACUACGAGGAUGAUGGCGUGAAAAAGACCUCCGACAGCGAGAGUGACCGCAGAGCCAGCGAUAAUGUCACAGAUACCUCUGAGAAGCGGGAGAAAUGGCCAGAGGACGAGAAAGGACCAGCACUGUAUAGCAAGAUCAACAAAGCAGUGACCGAGGGAAAGAGCUACUGCUACGACGAGAACAUGUACCACAAGAUACAAAACAAAUAUGACCGAGGCAAAGGGGACUCGGCAGAUAAGUCCCCAAGCUUCUCAGACUCCAGCCACAAGGGAGACCUGGGCCAGGAGAUGAAAUCGGAGGCCUUCAAAUCCGAAUCUCCCACUGACUCUGAGAGCUCAGUGAAGACAUCCCCCUAUAUUUCCAGGGGUGACCUUGACCAAGAUCAAUAUUUAACAGAGAAGGAAGACAGCUCGGAGAACACAUCCCCUACCCCGCGGGACGAGGCUUUGGACCAGAGGCUCUCCGCCUCAGAGAAGAGAGAGAGCAGAGAAGAAGAGGAGGAGGAUGAGGAGGGGGAGGAGGAGAGAAACCAGAAGUCCAUAUCUUCUCCUCUGUCUGCUGAGGAGAGAGAGAGAGAAGAGAGUGAGAGCCUGCCAUCAACUGAGAAGGACCUCAACAAUAUAACGAGCCCACAGGAGGAGCCUUCUGGAGAACUGUGCAGCAGAACAGAAGGCCAGAGCCUGGCUGAGCCUCAGCCUUACAGUAACACAGAGUCUGCAGAGACAGAAAGCCAAGCAGCACAACCGGAUGCAACAGCAGCAGCAGCAGAAUCCCCAGAAAGUGGGUCAGCCAUUUGUGACACUCCACCCCAGUCUCACUCAGCCAUGAUGGUUUUCUCAGCUCUCAGCGAGAUAGCAACACCUCCAGCUCCGUCUCACACCAGGGACCAUAUUGAUCACAGCGAUUCCAACGUGCUGGAGCCUGACUCCCCUCAGCUGCCGGGGAAGUCCAUACUGCACUCAGCGCCCUCCUGGGCCAACACCCCACCCUCGCCAAAGAAAGGUGAUGAGGACAUGGAGCCGGGCAUCAGCUGCCCAAGCGCUGUGACCCCCUCAGCCAAGCCAGAACCCGUGGCCCCAUCUGCACACCCGCAGGCUUUCGGCCGGAAGCACAGCCGAGGCAGGAGGAGACUGAUGCACUCAGGUGUGGAAUUCAGGAGACAGCUGAGUGUGGAGAGAGAGGGGGAGAGUGCCCCCUCGCCACCGCAGAAACCCUGCAUGCCCUCCAGCAAGAGUGCUCUGUUCUCCGAUCAGCUAGACAUGGCCGCUCACCAGGACAUAAUCACAACGAGCGAGACACCCAAACUGCUUGUUGAGGGCUCCCGCUCCAGAAUGUGCACUCGCUCAUUCAACGCGCAGGACACUCCUCCUAAGGAUCCCCAGCCCCCUGAAAGACGGAAACCAGGGCGGAAACCAGGUUCGAAACCAGGCCCAAAACCAGGCCCGAAGUCAGGGUUAAAACCAGGGCCUAAACCAGGACUAAAACCAGGGCCAAAACCAGGUUCAAAGCCAAGUCUUAAACCAGGACCAAAACCAGGUUUGAAACCCGAUUCGAAGCCCAGCCCAAAACCAGGUUUAAAACCUGGGCCUAAACCAGGCCCAAAAACAGUUCUAAAACCAGGGCCUAAAACGGGUCCAAAACCAGGACCAAAACCUGGUCCAAAACCAACUGAAGGAGCACCCCGUGGUCGUCCCAGGGGUACGGGCUCUAAGUCGAAGUUGGCAGAACAGGAAGGUCCCAUUCAACCCAUAACAGCGGGUCCAGGAAGAGGCCAGAAGAGCUUGAGCAUCAACAGUCAGCAAGGUGAUGGGAAACAGGAAGUGAAAGCUCCAGGUAAGGACGGAAAGAACAUGGUCCUGAGAUCCAGAAAGCCCCCCCAGGAUAAGCUUCCAAAGGAAAAAGAGAAGGCGCAAUCUGAGGGAAUCCUGACUCAAACCCUGACAGGUAUAACAAAGCCCAAUGCAGUGUUACAAAAUGAGGAACGUAUGAGCAUAGAGCCAGCCAUCCCUGUCUUUCCUAACCAGACAGACACAAGUAUAACAGACACCAGUGUAACAGACUCCAAUAAACCAGACACCAGUGUAACAGACACCAGUAAACCAGACACCAGUGUAACAGACACCCGUGUAACAGAUGUCAGUGUAACAGACACCAGUAAACCAGACACCAGUGUAACAGACACCAGUGUAACAGACGUCAGUGUAACAGACACCAGUAAACCAGACACCAGUGUAACAGACACCAGUGUAACAGACACCAGUAAACCAGACACCAGUGUAACAGACCCCAGUAAAACCAACAGCAGUAUAACAGACACCAGUAAACCAGACACCAGUGUAACAGACACCAGUAAUCCGGACACCAGUAAAACCGACACCAGUGAAACCGACACCAUUGCAACAGACGUCAGUGUAACAGACACCAGAGUAACAGACACCAGUCUAUCAGAUCCCAAUGUAACAGACACCAGUGUAACAGACACCAGUGUAUCAGAUCCCAAUGUAACAGACACCAGUGUAACAGACACCAGUGUAACAGACACCAGAGUAACAGACACCAGUGUAUCAGAUCCCAAUGUAACAGACACCAGUGUAACAGACACCAGUGUAACAGACACCAGCGUAACAGACACCAGCAUAAAAGACAACAGUGUAACAGAUACCAGUGUAACAGACAACAGUGUAACAGACAUUAGUAUACCUGUCGCUCCACCUGAGAAACCUAAAGAACCAGCUGUAGCUGUACCUCUUGAAACUGCACCUGUAACUCCACUCAAAAGAAAACCCAGUCCUCUGCCUCUAGAGCCGCCGGUGAAGAAAAAGCGAGGUCCAAAACCAAAACCAAAACCACAACAGCCCCAGCCUGAAACUCCCCAUUCUGACCAGGUCAACCAGCCUCCAUUAGUCAAACCCAAGGAGAUGGGUGUCCGAGGGCCCAAGAGAAGGCUAAAGAGAGGCAGACACAUCAAGGCCUCUCUGAUCACUGUGCUGGCCAAAGAUAACCCUCCUCCCACAAUGGCUGACGGUGAUGUGGUUAGUGAAAUGCCCAGUGUCCCUUCUCAGUGUCCCACUAAAACCAAGUACCUCCCCCCGCGCAAAGGCAGGGGUCUGAAAUACGAGGCCAUGGUUCAGAAAAUAAACUCGGGCACCGGUUCGAAGAAACACCCGCCAACACCACAGCCCGAGAGCACAGAGGCGACAGUAGAUGAAGUGACGUCAAAGCCUGUGUCGCUGCCCGUCUCGGAGGAGAGCGAGGCCCCAGUGGCGGCGGUGAGCGCCCCUGAUGUGUCACGGGAGGAGUUAGCAAGGGACGUGGGGAGCUCCACGGGGGCCCAGAACACAGAACAGGAGAGAAGGGUGCAGCAGAACACCGGGGAGGGGGUGCAGCCUGAGCCACUCCCAUCAGGGGUGCCAGACGCUGCAGCGGCGAGUGGCGCCAACAAACCCACCAGGACCAAGAGGAGGAAAUGGGCCAUGGUAGAGAGCACGGACGCCACGGUGGUCGCCAUGGAGACGGGGAGCCUGAUCAUCAACACGCCGCGGCUGGCCAAGCAGAGGGCCAUCAAAAACAACCACGAGAUGCACCUGAAACAGAGGAGGAGGAAGAGGAAAGGAGGACAGCCUUCAGAGGGGCCUGUGGCUGACGAGGAGGUAGAGACAACAACAGCAGAACAGCAGACAGAGACACCCACUGACACAGCGUUAACAACAACGCCCGCUCUACCAGCCGGCCCAGGUGAGAUCACAGACAGGCCGCAGGUGAUCGCCACAGAAAUGAUCCAGCCGCCUCCCUCCAAACGAGGGAGGAAGCCCUCUUCAUCCCCCUCCAAAAAGAGAGGGAGAGCACCAGGUGAACAGCAGAGCAGCAAACCUCUGAGGGUUCACAAAAAACCUGGUCCUAAAAAGGGAAUCAAAGACGCCAUGGAGGUGAUUGAAGCGGUGGUAAAGGCUGCAGGGAGGGAGGCCAGACUCAAGAAGAAGAAAUGGAAAAAGGAAAGCCCUGCAGUGUCAGAGGAAAAGCAGCCAGAGCCCUCUCUCAAACAGGUACUGAGUAAGACUCCUAAAAGCAGAAUCAAACACUCCUUCUGUCCAUAUGUGCGUAUGGACAGCUCCAGAGACUUCACCUCUCUCUGUACCAUCGUCAACAGGCGCGAUGAAGAGAUGAAGAUGGUGCUUCAGAAGCCCCGGAAAAAGAGCCCAGACAAAAUUAAAAACCCAGUCACAGUUGCCAAGGCGAUAACCAGCUCCUCAGCUAUGCUCCAGGGGCCCUUGGUUAACAAAGCGUUAAUUGACAGGUGUCUAACGUGUUGCCUGUGUGGAAAGCCAGCAAAUUACCGUGAGCUGGGGGAUUUGUGUGGGCCCUACUUCCCAGAGGAUAGCAUCCCCCGCAAAAUCCUGUCAGCAAGACAUAUAGAAACCCUGAGGGAAAACCGAGAUAAAAUAAGCUCCAACAGUAGCAUCAGGGAACCAAGCAGCAGCACCCCAACAAGCGAAGGAGACCCCAGCUUCAAAAAGGAAGUUUGUAAAAAGGUGGAUAUGGAGACAGUCACAAAGGAGGGCAGUAGUAGUAGUGGUGGGAGUCAUCAUCAUCAGCCCCACCCCCACCAUUGGCGCCCCAGGAGGGCAGAGAGGGCACCAGCGGAGGGCGGAAGCACGCACCGGCCCACCCUACGGGAUCGGUUCAGGAGGAUGCAGAAGCUCCAGGGGGAGAGGAGGGCUGCGGAGGCCACAGCUGGUGGUCAGGAAGGGGGAAAUGGAGGGGGAGGCCUCCUUCAGAGACUGCAGGGGGAGGCUGAGGCUAAGGAACACUGGGCCCAUGAGAACUGUGCUAUCUGGACCAAUGGGAUCAUCAUGGUGGCCGGGAGGCUGUACGGCCUGAAAGAGGCUGUUCAGACCUCUACAGAAACGAGCUGUUCCAAGUGCCAGAGAGUGGGCGCGUCCAUCAGCUGCUGCUGGAAAGGCUGCCCUCACAAAUACCACUACAUCUGCGCCAAGGAGAUAGGUUGCAUGUUCCAAGACGACAACUUUUCACUAAAAUGUCCGAAACACAAGGCUUUGUAAAAUAGAGCACUACCCAGCCCCAGUGAGCAUCACCUAUGCAGUACGACAGACAGACAGACAGACAGACAGAUAGGACAUCCCUCCACCCAAACCUGAUGAUGAUGAGUCAUGAUGAGACGUCAUGACGGACAGACGCAUCAGCCAAUGGGGACGGCUGGGGAUCCUCUGAGGCAUCACCGAUGGCAGCAAUACAGACACAAGACAGCAGGUCCCUCAGAGCAACCCCCGUAACCCCUGGCAACGGCACUGCUUUAUCUCAGCCACCCCUGAUAACCAGACAGAGACAGAGAGACAGAGAGAGGGACUGCAUUGUCUGUCUGACAGACAGUCUCCUUCACGGACAGACGGACUGCAGUGUUUUGAGAGAGUCUUUCACAGCCCUGUCUGUCUGUGUCUGGAGUCUAGACACCUGGCAGCCAUGGUUACUUAGAGACCACCCCUCCAGAGAGAGAGGGGGAGAGAGAGGGGGAGAGACAGGGAGCUGUUUUAAAUUCACGCUGCACUGUUCUGCCUCCGGAACGGUCGCUAUCAUUUUUGGACACCUGGUGGAUUGCGAUUGGCCAGAAUAGGCCCCCUCCGGCUAUGCUGUCCGAGUUCCAGGUUGCGGUGUGUGUAUGACAUCAACUGUGUGUGUGUGACAUGGACUGUGUGUGUGUGUGUGUGUGCUUGUACAAGGAAGGGAACGAGCGUGUUCCAAUUCAAGAUGUCAUGCGUCAAAAGAAGCCGCCCCUCCCCUGGAUGUAUCUCAAUGUGCGCUUAAGUGUUAUAAAAAUGUACAUUGCGUGUUUUAACAGAUUCUAAAUAUGAUUCUGAUAUUGACAGAAAGAACAAAUGACUGAAUAUAGCGCUCUUCUUCCGGUAUGUAUUUUGAUGUGCAUAUUACGGCUAUACGACACCAUUGAGUCAGCGUUUGUAUCUGUGUUCAAUUAAACAUUUUUAUAAAAAUAAAGGUUUCAAUAUUCA